AUGGUAUUUCCCUUGCCCUUAUCCCCCCUGGCUGAGGCAACUGACGAGUAUGUUGAGCGGAUGGAAAGAGAGAAAGGAGAGGAUUUUAACUGGUCAGUUAGUGAUAAGAGAGUUAUGGUUACUCAUGUGGUUGCUUCUGCUUUAAAGCGCCUUAAUGCACAGUCAGAGAUGGUCAAAAAAGCGUUCUUGAACUGCGGAAUAAGCGUACGCCCUGACGGGACUGAGGACUGGCUGAUCCGGAUCAAGGAUAUACUUUCUGAUCAGAUUGACUUCACUGGGUGGGAAGAAGCCGAGGAAGUCAUCGUCAAAGACGAAGACCCCGUGGGUCCCCUAUGUGACGACGAGGAAUUCCUAGCUGCCGACGAUGACGAGCUUCUUCUGCGUACACGAUAUCACGAAGAAGUCAUCAAGCAGCUGCAAGAGCGGCUGCGGAAGAGGGGCCUCAAGGUAUCAGGGAAGAAGGCAGAUCUGAUCCAACGACUGCGAGAUGAUGAUGACUCGCAAAAUCCUCGAGAAGGAGAUACGAUAUAUAUUAGCUAA